UUUGAUAUUUGACAACACUGACAGCCCGAUAAGAACUGACAAAAAACAGCUGAAAAAAUUUGUUGUGUUUAUAUGUGUUUUCUAAAUAAGUAAAUAUACAUCCUCCAAAAUGGAUAAAUUAACUAUGAUAUCUGGAUCGUUGUUUUUGACUGCAGAUAUUUUUGCGAUAGUGAGCUUAGCAAGACCUGACUGGAUCGUGACUGAAGUUGGAGGGGAAACUCGAAUGGGAUUAAUGUGGUCUUGCAUGACUCUUUAUAAGCGCGAUCAAGUUUGCUACACGCCCGACCUGCAGCCAGAAUGGUUGCUUGCACUAGUUUGCAUUUUUGUUGGAUGUAUUUGCAUCACCACCACUAUAAUUCUAUUAGCCACUUCAAGAUGGGACCGAAAUGUUGUGCCAUAUGCCAGAUGGGUUGGAUUUACUGCAAUGGUUCUCUUUUGCCUUGCCGCUGUAAUAUUCCCAAUGGGAUUUCACGUGGAUGAAAUUGGAGGUCAACCCUAUCAGCUGCCAAAUAGCCACCAAGUAGGUAUUUCUUAUAUCUUGUUUGUUGGUGCUUUGUGGAUCACAGUCAUAAGUGAACUGUUUGCUGGCAAAGUUUGUUUGCCGCAUUUUUAAAUUUGCUAAGGAUUCAAUCAGAUUUGAAUUGAAUCUUUUUAUUGUUAUAAAGACUAUUUUAAAGAUAUAUUGUAGUAAAUAAUGCUGUUACUUAUAGAACAGGAGAAUCAGUAUUAGGAAAAUGUGCGAAGGUACUUUUAUCAAGUUUUGUCAACAUUUCUAUUUCACAUGAUCCUAAAAACAUUAAGUUAUUUUGCCCCACUUUGUACAUUUUUUAAUGUUUCGAAUACUGUGWGAACAAAUCUCAACAUUGAUUGAUCAGAAUCUCGCAUUAUCAUUAAUUAAUUAUUUAAAURCACAUUUUAAUAUGUAUUAYAUAUGUUAUAUCAAUAUUUGCUGUUAAUUAAUUUUUGUUUCAUAGAUUAUAUUAAAACUG